AUGUCAGAUUCCAACACAACUCACUUCACCAACCCCUCCACCUUCAUCCUGCUGGGCAUUUCCGGCCUGGAGGCAGUCCAUGUCUGGAUUUCCAUCCCCUUCUGCACCAUGUACACCAUAGCUAUCUUGGGGAACUUCACCAUCCUAUUCGUCGUGAAGAGGGAGCGGAGCCUCCAUGCCCCCAUGUCCUAUUUCCUCUGCAUGCUGGCUGUCACCGACCUGGUCCUGCCUACAUCCAUGCUGCCCAAAAUGCUGAGCAUCUUCUGGUUCAAUUCCAGGGAGAUAGAUUUCAGUGCCUGCCUCACCCAGAUGUACUUCAUUCACUCGUUCUUAGUGAUGGAGUCUGGGAUCCUCGCGGCCAUGGGUUUUGACCGCUACGUGGCCAUCUGCCAUCCCCUGAGACAUUCCACCAUCCUGACAAACCCCAUGGUGGCCAAGAUCGGCCUGGCUGUGGUUCUGCGUGGUGGCAUGCUCACACUGCCCUAUCUCCUCCUGGUGAGGCAGUGGCCAUAUUGCGAAACCAACAUCAUCCCCGAUACGUACUGCGCGCAUAUAGCUGUGGUGAAGCUGGCUUGCGCCGAUACCCGCAUCAGUAGUUACUAUGGCCUCUUUGUGCUAUUCUGUGUGAAGGGUCUGGAUAUGUUUUUUGUUGCAUUGUCCUAUACCCAGAUCCUCAGGGCUAUCUUCCGCCUCCCCACAAAGGACGCCCGGCUCAAGACUUUUGGGACCUGCAUCUCCCACCUCUGUGCCAUCUUAACCUUUUACGUCCCAUCUCUCUUCUCCUCCCUCACAUAUCGGUUUGGCCAGAAUGUGGCCCUGCAUUUCCGUGUUCUCAUUGGCAACUUGAACAUCCUGGUGCCCCCCAUGCUAAACCCCAUCAUCUACGGGGUGAGGACCAAACAGGUCCGGGACAGGCUGCUCCAGCUCUUUAUUCAUAAAGACAUCUAA